UCAUCUCAAAUCUAAUGUGAUACAUAUUCUGAAAGAGCAGCUCUUCUAGUAAUAAAUCUCCAAAUUUCAUCAAGCUCGGCGGAACCAUUCGGUCUUGACGAAUUUAAAUUGACCUCAUAUUUUUCGGAGGACAACUUUCGACACUAGUAUCAGUAGUAUCUCUCAGAAAAAUCAUCGUAGAUAUGAAUGUGAUACAUAUUUUAAAAGAGCAAUUCUUAUAAAUCACGAAAUUUCAUUGAGCUCAUUAUGGUAGUGGCACCACCAUGUUCGAUUGGUAGUGGAAUUAUAAUUAAUUGGACGUGUGAUGUAAUUAGUAAUACGUAAUUAGCUCAGAACACAUUUAUUGAAUUAUUUUACACAUGACAUUUUCCAUACUAGUGCGGAAAAGUCAUACUGAAAUGAGUAAAGGAAACUUUUCCCAUCAGAAUUCUCCCUUUUGGAAGGGGAGGGUGUAAUAAAACCAUUAUCCAAUCUAGGAUCGGAUUUGUCCGUGAUAUCUUACUUAAAAUAUUGGAGGAAAAAUACCCAAAUUUGCAUUCUCAGUGUUGAACUCACAUUGAGGAAGUUAUCAAUAAUCUGGAAAAAUAUUGUCGAAUUUUACUACGAUUCUUAUUCAUCAGAAAUUACAAUUUCUGAAUAAGUAAUGAUAUGGAUAAUAAUAGCAUGCUGUAUAAAAGAUAACAGAUUCGGUGAAGCAAUCAGAGUUCUACAUGGCAUUUCUGAAUCUAAUUCUACAAGAGCUGGAUUAUCAUUGCUCGCAUACUGUUAUUUUUAUACUCAAGAUUAUGCAAAUGCGUCAAGCUACUAUGAACAACUCACGAAAAUGUAUCCUUCGAACAAUGAUUACAAAUUAUACCACGCACAAUCUCUGUUCCAAGCGUGCCAGUAUGAAGAUGCCUAUCAAAUUUUGAACGAGAUAAAAGAUAUUGAAGAAUACAAAAAUUCGGCCAAUAAGUUGCAGGCAGCUAUCAAAUAUAGUCAAGAUGAUUUGUUGUCCGCUAAGGAAUUAGUGGAAUCUUGUAAAGCUGAGGAUCCUGAUAGGGAAGUGAAUAUAGGAUGUAUUUUUUACAAGGAUGGAAAUUACGAGGAAGCUUUAUCAAAAUUUUCUGCUGCCAUGCAGAUGCAAGGUUUCAAACCGUACUUGGCAUACAAUAUCGCCCUUUGUUAUUACCGAUUAAAGGAUUAUGCUCUUUCCUUGAAGUACUGUGCUGAUAUCAUAGAGAAUGGCAUAAGGGAUCACCCAGAAAUGAGUAUAGGAAUGCAGACGGAAGGUAUUGAAGUGAGAUCUGUUGGUAAUACACUUACAUUGCAUGAAACAGCAUUGACUGAGGCUUUCAACUUGAAGGCAGCCAUUGAAUAUCAAUCGAAGAAUAUUGAAGCAGCUAGAGAAGCAUUGACAGAUAUGCCGCCAAGAGCUGAACACGAAUUGGAUGCAGUGACCCUCCACAAUCAAGCCCUGAUGAAUUUCGAGACCAAUCCAACCGAAGGCUUCGAGAAAUUGCAGUUCCUUCUUCAGCAAAAUCCAUUCCCGCCAGAAACCUUCGCCAAUCUGCUGCUCCUUUACUGCCAGUACGAAUGUUACGAUCUUGCUGCCAACAUUCUUGCUGAAAACACUCACUUGACCUACAAAUAUUUAACUCAGUACCUCUAUGAUUUUUUGGAUGCCGUCAUAACCCUCCAAACUUCUCCGAACGAAGCAUAUCAGAAAUUCGACGAGAUAGUCAGCAGACAUGCGGAGCUGUUGAGAAAAUACGCCAAACAAACACAAGAAUACAGGAACAACAACGAGACCGAACUUGUCAAGAAGACGGUUAUGGAGUACGAGGACUGUCUAGAAAAAUACAUUCCCGCAUUGAUGGCCCAGGCAAAAAUUUACUGGGACCUGGAAAACUAUCAACAGUGCGAAAAGGUGUUCAGAAAAAGUGUUGAAUUUUGCAACGACAACGAAACGUGGAGAUUGAACGUAGCUCACGUGUUGUUCAUGCAAGAGAACAAGUUCAAGGAAGCCGCUGGUUUUUAUGAGCCACUGGUCAAAAAAAGAUACUCCGAGUUUCUCAAAGUAAAUCCAAUUAUAUUGGCGAAUCUCUGCGUUUCAUAUAUAAUGACAAUUCAAAACGAAGAUGCUGAAGAGCUCAUGAGGAAGGUUGAAAAGGAAGAAGACCAACUGGCCUACGAGGAACCUGAAAAGAAAUGUUUCCAUCACUGUAUCAUCAAUUUAGUGAUAGGGACACUUUACUGUUCAAAAGGAAAUUACGAGUUUGGAAUUUCGAGAGUAAUGAAAUCCCUUGAACCGUAUAACAAGAAACUUGGUACCGAUACGUGGUUUUAUACCAAGAGAUGUUUUUUGAGCCUCUUGGAAAUGUUUGCAAAGCACAUGAUUUCGCUUAAGGAUUCCACGAUUGAAGAAUGCUUAGCGUUUUUGGAAAAUUGCGAAUUGCAUGGUAAAACUGUGAAGAGCGUAAUUUGUCCAAAACUUUACGAAGAGAAUGAGGGUGAAAAAGCAGAUGGUGAAGAAACAGUAACAUAUGAAGCUAGAAAACUGAAGUGUCUUUUACUGAAAUUGCAGAACUAUUGAUUCAGCAAUUUAAUACUGACAGACAAAGAAUUUUUAUUUGUAGGAUUUAUUCAGAAGUUUUGAUCUUAUAAUCAUUGUUGUUGUUGAAAAC